AGCACUGUUACCAUGAAAGCAACCCCAGCCACUACAACUAUUGACAACAUUGUUACUAUGACACCAACCCAAGCCACUACUACUGUUGACAGCACUGUUACCAUGAAACCAACCCCAGCCACUACAACUGUUGACAACACUGUUACCAUGACACCAACCCCAGCCACUACAAUUGUUGACAGCAUUGUUACCAUGACACCAACCCCAGCCACUACAACUGUUGACAUCACUGUUACCAUGACACCAACCCCAGUCACUACAACUGUUGACAGCAUUGUUACCAUGACACCAACCCCAACUACUACAACUGUUGACAGCACUGUUACCAUGACACCAACCCCAGCCACUACAACUGUUGACAACACUUUUACCAUGACACCAGCCACUACAACUGUUGACAGCACUGUUACCAUUAUACCAACCUCAGCCACUACAACUGUUUACAGCACUGUUACCAUGACACCAACCCCAGCCACUACAAUUGUUGACAACACUUUUACCAUGACACCAGCCACUACAACAGUUGACAGCACUGUUACCAUUAUACCAACCUCAGCCACUACAACUGUUUACAACACUGUUACCGUGACACCAGCCACUAUAACUGUUGACAGCACUGUUACCAUUAUACCAACCCCAGCCACUACAACUGUUUACAGCACUGUUAUCAUGACACCAAACCCAGUCAUCGCAAGUGAAGUGAACGCAAUUGACGUAACCACAACCCCAGUCUCUACAAUUACUGUUUCUCCGAAUAUGACAUCAUCUGUCAAUCAAACAAAUAACGCGCAUGACGUUUUCUGCACCUCGGUCUCAAGUGUCAAUCUUUCACAGGCGGAACUGGCCGACAUUCUUCAACGAAUCGUCAACAAGUUAAUAUUGGACACGAAGAAGCUAUCUGCGACGAUACGGAAAAAAACGAGUGCACCCGACCAUCGCCGAUCAUCGACAUCGAUCGGUUACGUGGCCGGUGUAUUCAUUAGUUUGCCAUUCCUACUUCUGGUGAUUGCCGAUGUACCGGCGAUUGUCCGUGACAUCAGAAACAUAUUUCAGUAGAAACUCAGAUGACCACAGAUCACAAUUAUCUAAAGUUAAAGUUUGUUUUGUUAAACGACACCACUAGAGCACAUACUAUUUAUUAAUAAUCGGCUAUUGGAUUUCAAACAUUUGGCAAUUUUGACUAUAUUUUUCAUUAGUA